AUGUCCGCCUCGGCCUCGGGAGCAGCCUCGGAAGCCGACCCGCUCGAGCUCGAGUCGGUGCUGGCGUACGAGUGGAAGGCGCUGCGGCCGCUGCUCGAGUCGCAGCCGGACGCGGCUGCCGUGGUGGGCCCGGACCGGCCGCCGACGGUGGUACCUGCGCGGACCGAGACCUUCCGCGCCCUCAACUUUCACCCGCCGGCUGACUGGAAGGUGGUGGCGUUUGGGCAGAACCCGUAUCCGCGGCCGGCAUCGGCCGGUGGCAUCGCCUUUCUCGACGAGGCCGUCACCUCGUGGGCCCAGAAGGGCCUCUCGCCCUCGCUCCGCAACAUGCUCAAGAACAUCCUUGUCUCCGAAGGUAAGCUCGCUACGGACGCCCGCAUCGCAGACCUGCGCGCCUGCCUCCCCGAGCUCAACCUCCUCCCGCCGCGCCAGUGGUUCACACACACCAUCGUCCACGGCGUCUGCUGGCUCAAUACCUCGCUGACGUUCGACGCCGCCGCUGGCACCUCGCACGACGCCUUCUGGCGCCCCAUCAUAUCCGCCAUCGUCUCCACCAUCCUCACCGCCAAACAGGACCGGUUCAACGCCGCACUCCGCGAAGGCAACGCCGAAUCGCCAGGAAACAUCGGUGUGGUCUUUGUCCUCUGGGGCGCCCGCGCCCAGAAGCGCCUCAAGCCGCUCAUCAACUCGCUCGCCGCCCCGCUCUCCAUCCCGGUCCGCUUUGUCGAGGCCCACGUCCCGUCCGUUGAGACCUUUCACAACGUCGCCUCCUUUGCCGCUAUCAACGACGCCCUCGCCGAGCUCGGAACCGAGCCCAUCGACUGGCUCCCCACCGCAACAGACCGCCUCGUCUUCCGCAUCCCCUCCAUCUCAGACUCGGAGCGCUCGCUCCCGUCCCGCCUCCGCUCCGACAUCAAGCUCGGAAGCGAUGUCUCGUUUGUUCAGCAAGCCUCUUCCCGCGACGGCGAUGGCGGCGGCGACGAUGACGACGGCGACGGCGAUACGGUGCUCAUUGACGAGCACGCCACCCUUCCUCUUCCCACACCCCCGCAGGCUUCCUCCGCCUCGCACGCACCACCCGGCCCGUCGUCUCCGCCCGCUCCCGCUGCUCCCACUUCAGGCUUUCUCGCCAGCCUGGACAAGCUCAAGUUCAACAAGUCGCCGGCCAAGCGCGAGCGCAGAAUCGGACGCUCCAGUCCUCCCGCCGAGCCGCCGGCUAAGCGCAGGGUCGUCCCGACCGACAAACCGGCAUCGCCGCUCUCGCUCAUCGCACUCGAGACCGACCCAACCCACCUUGUGCUCGGAAAGCCGCUCGGCUCGGGCGGAUUUGUUAAGACCCUACACGAGGGAGGCGGCGAGAGCAAAGACGCGUUUCUGGCAGAGGUCUCGCUCCUCCUCAAGGUCCGCCACGAACACAUUGUGCGGAUCCUCGCAGUGUGUACCAAGGGGCCCCGUCCGUGCAUGGUGCUCGAGCUCCUGCCGCGAAACCUGUCUGCAGUGGUCCGCGAGGCUGCGGCGUCGCCGGCUGGCUUCCUUCCGCUCCCACGGGCGCUUGUCCUCCUCCGCGACGUCGCCGACGCGCUCCGCUUCCUCCACUCGAGGACGCCGCCGGUCCUCCACCGCGACCUCAAGCCGGCCAAUGUGCUGGUGACCGAGUCGUUCCGGGCUAAAGUCUGUGACUUUGGCAUCUCGCGCGAGAAGAUGGCGACCUGCGCGCCCGGUACCAUGUCCAAAGGCAUCGGCACGCCGGUGUACAUGGCACCCGAGAUGCUCGAGUCCAAGCCGUACUCGACCAAGCUCGAUGUCUACGCCUUUGCCAUGGUCAUGUACAACGUGCUUACUUGCAAACCGCCCUUUGCGGGCAUGGGCCACGACGGCGGCAAUCUCGACCCCGUCCAGGCCAUCGUCAAGGUCAUCACCUUUAACGCCCGCCCGCGCUGCGAUGCCGAGCUCUUUCCGCCGCAUCUGCCGCCGGGCGUUCUUACGUCCAUGUGUCGGGCUUGGGACCGCGAUCCUGACGCCCGCCCCGACUUUGACGAGCUCGUCCCGCUCUUUGACGAGUGGGUCGUUGCUUCCGCAGCUGCCAGCGUGUGA